AUGAAGGUGCGUCUACAAGUUGGCCGCACCUGCGGAGUAACUUUCGUGGUGGGGUACGUCCCCACGGCAACCGUUCGCACUACCGCGGGGGGUGAUAUUGACGCCAAGGACUCCUUCUGGACUGCUCUCGACGCAGCGAUCCGGGAGGUUCACAGCCGUGACCAUGUCGUGGUGCUAAUGGACGCCAACGCACGUACUGGUAGGAGGCGAGACGGGUGCUGCGAUGUCAAGAUUAUGGGCGCGUCCGGACGCGACAUAAUGAACAACAAUGGGGAACGACUCCUUGGAUUGGCAUCAAACAACCAACUCUCCCUGACCAACACCUACUUCCGGACACCGAAAGGUGGAGUGCAGCACACAUUCCAGAGCUCCAACAAGGGGAAGGAGAAGUACCGCCUCGACUUCAUCCUCAUGCGUCUGGCGGACCGGCGUUUCGUGCGUAAUGUCUCCGUCAAACGUGUCGACUACAAAGACUGUGAACACAACCUCGUGCUUACGACUGUCCGCCUCCCCCCCCGUGUCGCACCCAACCGACGAGUGCGGGGGAACAGCGGAAGAAGCCGGAUCCGCAUCGACCUCGAGCGGUUAAGGCGGCCGACGGGAGAGACCGCCGCCGAGCUGACGGCUACGGUGAUGUCGGUCGCUGCUGAGACCACGCCGCUGGUGAGGUGCGCACGAGGGCAGAGAGGCUGGUACAGGAGCGAAGCGCAGCACGAGACCUCCGAAGCGUUUAAAGAGAUUUGGGCGGCCCAGCAGCAACUGCGUGGGGCCUCAAAGAACAGCGCCUUCGAGGCGACCCUGAAGGCGAUGCUCAAGGCGGCGCGGAAGAAGCGCAGCAUCGCGAGGUGGAGAGCACUGGAAACGUUCCCCGAGGGCUGUGUACAGCGGCUCGAGAAGAAGAGCCGCAAGGGGGAUCAGGCGGGUUUCUACAGGCACCUGAAGAUGAUCGACGUCGAAGGUAAGAGGUCGUUCACCUCUCAGAACAUCAAGGACGAGGACGGCAAGGUCCUUCGGGACCCCACGUUUAUUCGCCAACGGUGGGCACGGUGGUUCCACAAGCUUCUCAACACCAAGUCGCCGACCAUCGACCUGCAUGCGGCUGACAAGGUCAAGCGGUGGCCCACGUGCGUGCCACUCGACGACAUCCCAUCUCUACUUGAGGUUGAGGAAGCGGUACGGGAAAUGGCCAACAGAAAGGCCGUCGGGCCGGACGACCUACCGGCUGAGCUGAUCAAGCUUUUCCUGGACGGAGAUCAAGGUCUCCUCCGCAAAUUCCACGCCACUAUCGUGGACGUGUGGCAGACGGGAGACGGGGACACAAUGGAGUGCGGCAACUACCGGGGCAUCUCUGUCGUCGCACACGCCGGCAAGGUGCUGCUUGAAGUUGUCGCUACACGACUGAGUCACUACUGCGAGCGAGAAGGCAUCCUCUCGGAGGAGCAGAGCGGUUUCCGCCGACACCGGUCGACGCUCGACAUGCUUACUGCGGUGUUUGCGUCCUUCGUCGACCUCACCAAGGCAUACGAUUCGGUGGACCGAGACCUAUUGUGGGACGUGCUCCGACGCUUCGGCGUGCCCCCGAAGAUGCUGGCGGUCAUUCGCCACUUCCACGAGGGCAUGAGGGCGCGCGUCCGAACGGACGACGGGCAGUACUCGGAAUGGCUCGACGUGGGCCAAGGGCUCCGCCAGGGAUGCAACCUGGCCCCGCUGCUGUUCAACGUNCCAUCUAGCGGCUCCAUGAGCUCGCGAGGAAGAAGAGUACUGCGGUACCGAGACCUAUUGUGGGACGUGCUCCGACGCUUCGGCGUGCCCCCGAAGAUGCUGGCGGUCAUUCGCCACUUCCACGAGGGCAUGAGGGCGCGCGUCCGAACGGACGACGGGCAGUACUCGGAAUGGUUCGACGUGGGCCAAGGCCUCCGACAGGGAUGCAACCUGGCCCCGCUGCUGUUCAACUUGUUCUUUGCCGCGAUGCUCAUGGUCGCCGUGGCCGAGUUCGACAAGGACCCCAAGGUGACGGCGGACAUGGUCAAGAUUGGGGCAAAAAUGGAGUACACAANGAGUCUCGAGAAGAUGAUGUCGGUCAUCGUGCGCGUGGCCGGCCUGUUCGCACUGAUGGUAUCGGAGCCAAAGAUGGAGAUCACGUGCAUGCUGCCGAAAGGGAUCGAGGAACGCCCGUUCACGGUCAGCGCCGCCGGCCAGACGUACAAGCAGACAGAUCGGUUUGUGUACCUCGGACGUACCAUCUCCGCGGACGGGAAGGCCGACCGGGAGAUGACGAGCCGCAGCGAAGCACUGCACGAAGCUCCAUGGGACCCACCGCCAGUUCCUUACACGGUGCAUCGACUGGAGCAAGCGGAAACGCUCAGACCGCCCCUGUCCUAUGCCCAGGCCCUCAUGCAGGCAGGCUGCGAGGAAGCCAUCGAGGCCACCGUGCGCAAGCGGAGGCUGUGUUUCGCGGGCUUUGCUAUGCGCAUGGCGGACAAUUGCCUCCCCAAGCGCAUGCUGUUAGGAGCGAUGGCGGGGGGCGUGGGAUACCGGGGCGGGCAGGAGAGCGACUGGGUGUCUCGUCUAGGAGAAGACCUCGUGGCCUUCAACAUGGGAGACGAAAAGGAAGGAGAGAAAUUGAAAGAGAGCGCCAAGGACCCGGAGGUGUGGUACAACAAGGUCGAGGACGGGGCGGCAUGGCUCAUGAGAAAAUGGCACAGGCAGGAGGCGGAAGCGAAGCUCCAGCGCGCGAGGGAAGCAGAAGCAGAGAGUACGGCCAUCUCAGGAAAGAAGAGAAAGAGAGUCGGGGAAGCGGCGGUGGGGGGGGAGAAACGGCGACCGGGCGCUGCUGUAGAAGCAAGUAGGGCGGCCGAGGCAGCACCUGUGGCGAACGAUGUCUCAGGCUGA